AUGUUUUACAGUCAUGAAAUGCUCACGUCACCCGACCAUGGGGUCGCCACGAUAUGGCUGGUCGCAACCUUAGGGUCAAAGUCGAUUAGCAAAAAGCUCAAUAGAAAAGUUAUACUGGACGUCGACGUUCCGAGAGCUUGUCAUGUUAUUAUGGACCCGGAGGCGCCAAUGGCGCUAAGGCUCCAGGGCAAUUUGCUCUAUGGAGUUUCACGCGUGUACAGCCAACAGUGUGGUUAUGCUCUUACGGAUGUCCAAGCAAUGCACGAUAGAAUGCGAACACUUUUUAAAGUCCUACCCGGGGGUGGGCUAGAUCCAACGGCUGGAAAGGCUAGGCCCGAUCAACUUAUCUUACCUUACGACUCGUCCUUUUUGCCAGAGUGCGAUCUUCCAGGGAUGGGGAUGGAUCUUUCUAAACUUAGUCUGCCCUUUGAUACUACUGCAAGUCAGCAAUCCGACCUCCUAUGGCCGAAGACUCCAGACCUUAGCCAGUCUGCUCUCUUACGGAGCCCUAGCCUUCGAUUUAGUUUCUCAUACGAUGAUAUGAUAUUGAAGGAUGGUGGUGGAAUUGAUUCCGAAACCAAUGUACCUAGCUCUGUCCAAAGAAGUAUCGAUCUGGGAGGCCUCGCAGCUACAACCUUUGCUGAGGAAGGUGGUAUCCUUCUUCAGCCUGACUUUGAAUUUGACGAGGAUGGCAACCUCAUCGAGCUUGGGGAGGCCUAUCGCGAAACUGCGAAGAGGAAAACGAGUCGACACGUCAGUGAAGCACCACUUCUCGAUGAAGCGAUGAAUAUUGGAUUGAAUGACGUCGCGUUUGACUAUCAGUCGAUGCCAAUCGACGAAGGGAUAGAUAUUAUCGCCAAGCAUCAGGAUGAAAGGCUAAUUCAUGCCAGUCGAGCUACUAAAAGACGCCGCAGUGAGUCUGAAUCAACCGACGAGCUUAAGCUUAUUCCAGAUGAGACCGCGGCGACUGUGCCCCAGAAACGACGAGCCUCUAGAUUGCAAAUAUUGGAUGAUCGAACUGCCUUGAGAAACACAGAGCUGGGUAAUAUGAACAGCGAUUACGUGCAGAACAUGGCUAUAGCUUCGAAGCAGAAACGGCAGAACAAGCUCCCAACGCAAGCAAAAAAGAAUGCCUCCUUCUGGGUUUUCGGUCAAGGAAUUGGUUCAGUUGGGCUUGGCUUGGGUGCAUCCCGUGUACCACAUCCUUUGCAGCAGUUCUCAGGAGAGGGGCUCUAUGCUGCGCUCAGCCCAACUGCAAGACGUAAAGGGCUCAAGCGGAGUCGCCUUCUUAGAGAUGAUAGUGAAGCAGAUUUUGAUGUGCGCUGUGUCCGUGCCAGAGAAGAAAACGAGGAGCAAGUUGGUCGAGGAGGGGUGGUCGAUAACGAUGACAUUUGGCAAGAUGUUGAAAUUGGUCGCCAUGCCCCAUCCAUUUUUCGUGAUGACAACUCCUUCUCGUCUCAAAUGCCAUGGAAUAUCACAGCCUCUGUCCAGAGCUCCCAGCACGGAUCGUCUGUUGUUAGUGGCCUCCGUGGAGUAGCAAAUGUGAUCGACCCUUCGGCUUCACGAGGCAGGGACCUCACUGCAUCUCACCUUGCUGGACGCGGACGAUCACGCAACCGUCUAACUAGCGCAAGUCCCCUAGCCAGUAGAGGGUUCCCCCUCGACGCAGAGGCCGUCGACAACUUGACGCUACCCGGAAAUGAUGACGUGGACGUCUUGAGUGACUUUGACCUGAGCCAGUAUCUACAGACUGAACUAUUCGGUGCUACCCAUGGCAAUACUGGAGAUGACGCCAACGCAAGCACGUACAGUCGUCAGGUGACUCUUCAAGCUCGCCUACCGAAGUCCAGCCUGGACCAAGAAAGCCAGAACUUCCUUGGGUUUCUAACAAAAAAGCUCGAGGCCAUGCCCGUGGAACACACUGGGGAAAUGGAUGAAGACGGUUUCAUCAACUCACCGUCCGCUUACCAUGGCAGCAAAGCAAUCGGCUUUUCAGCACUUCUGCCACCGGCUGAAACCUCUGCUUCUGUAGCCACAGAGGGUUUGAUGCAUAUACUCACACUUGCAACUAAAGGUUUCUUAUCGGUCCGCCAGGAUGAUUAUCAAGACCGUAGCACUCGAUAUCAUAUCCGAUAUGAGUUUGGAGAGAUCUUUUUACAGCUAUCAGAGGUGUAG